AUGACUUCUCAUACAUUUGAUGAAUUGUUGAAAUCUAUAACCCAGUACAUAGCUAAAAAAAAAGCACAAAGCACAAGAGAUACAUUAUGUCCUGAAGAACGGCUUACUAUAACUUUGAGGUUUAAAAUGGUGAAAGAAAAAUGUAAGAAAAAUGAAGAUGAGUUGGAAAGGAGAAGGAUUGCAAGAAGGGAAAAAUAUAAAAGAAUAAAAAGCGAUCCCGAAAAAUAUGCCGUUGAAAGGGCUAAAAAAAAGGAGGCUUACUUAAAAAGGAAAAGAGAGAAGAAAGUAAAAAAUAUCAACCAAAUGUCUCCAAGGGCACAAAGAGCACAAAGAAAGCGUUGGAGAGAAAAUUCGAAGCGAUACCUGGAGAAGAAAGCACAAGAACGGAAGAUACAAGAAGUAACCAUUUCCCAAGUGCUCGAAGCUCACAUAAAAAUAAAUGAUAAAGAGUUCUCCGAUCCUUUGUAUGAGGAAAAUGUAAAAAAAAGAGAUAAAUAA